AUGGCGACCAUCUUUGAGGCCGACGAAGCCCGACUAACUCGACCAGUCGCCAAGCACAACACGCCCGAGAGCUGCUGGGUCGUUCUCUACGGCGACGUCUACGAUGUGACCGACUUCUUGUCCUCGCAUCCCGGCGGCACCAAGAUCAUCCUGAAGCUCGCCGGCAAGGACGCCACCGAAGAGUACGACCCCGUCCACCCGCCCGGCACCCUCGAGGAGAACCUCAAGCCCGAGGCCAAGCUGGGCAGGAUCAACCCCGACUCCAUCACCAAGGCGGCGCCUGUCGUCAAGGCCGUGUCGGCUGCUGACGACGCCAACGCCCCUGUCCGCCUGGAGACGCUUCUCAACCUCGACGACAUUGAGGCGGCGGCGACGAAGCGUAUCUCGACCAAGGCCCACGCCUACUAUUUCUCGGCCGGCGACGACCUGUGGUCCAAGAGCUUCAACAACCGCGUCUACCGCCAAAUCCUGCUGCGGCCGCGCAUGUUCCGCGACUGCACGCAGUGCGACCCUUCGACCACCAUCCUCGGCCACAAGGUCGGCCUACCCAUCUUUGUCGCCCCCGCUGCCAUGGCCCGCCUCGCCCACCCCGACGGCGAGGCCGGCAUCGCCCGCGCCGCCGCCCGCUUCGGCGCCAUGCAGUGUGUCUCCAACAACGCCUCCAUGACCCCCGAGCAGGUCGUCGCCGACGCCGCCGCCGGCCAGGUUUUUGGCUGGCAGCUCUACGUCCAGAACGACCGCCGCAAGAGCGAGGCCAUGCUGCGGCGCAUCAACGCCAUGCGCGACCGCUACAAGUACAUCUGCCUGACCCUCGACGCCCCCGUCCCCGGCAAGCGCGAGCUUGACGAGCGCCAGGCCUUCGUCGGCGACGACGCCCCCGCCAUCCAGUCCGCCUCGAACGCCAAGGACGCCUCCGAGACGCGCCCCGGCGGCGGCGGCGUCGGCCAGCAGCUCUUCUUCGGCACCGCCGCCGACCUCACCUGGAAGACGACCCUGCCCUGGCUCGCCGCCCACACCGACCUGCCCAUCGUCCUCAAGGGCCUGCAGACCCACGAGGACGCCUACCUCGCCGCCCGCUACGCGCCCCAGGUCAAGGCCAUCAUCCUGUCCAACCACGGCGGCCGCGCCCUCGACACGGCGCCGCCCGCCGUCCACACGUUGCUCGAGAUUCGCAAGUACUGCCCCGAGGUCCUCAGCCAGAUUGAGGUCUGGGUCGACGGCGGCAUCAAGCGCGGCACCGACAUCGUCAAGGCCCUGUGCCUCGGCGCCACGGCCGUCGGCAUCGGCCGCGGUGCGCUCUACGGUCUCGGUGCCGGCGGCCAGGCCGGUGUCGAGCGGACGUUUGAGAUCCUGCAGGCCGAGAUGGAGACGUGCAUGCGCCUGCUGGGCGCAAAGACUGUGGCGGAACUCGGUCCAAGAUUUAUCAACUCCCGGAUGGUCGAGAGGGAUAUCUACGAUGGCGAGCCAGGGCUCGACAAGGGCGGCCUGUGGACAAAGUCGAAGCUUUAG